AUGAGAUUCUUUAUCUUCAGCCUCAAUCUUACCAUCGUCGCAGCAAUAAUAUUUGCUGCGAUUUCCGAUUCUCGGUCAUUCCACCAAUCCAGGCUGUCAAUUAUUGGUAGAAGAGAUACGGUACCAGAGCACACUGGAUAUCAAUGUGCCUCAACAAAGUACGAGAUGUAUGAAAUCUUGGACGCCAUAGGAAUUGCUUGUCCAAAUCCAAAGCCGAGCAGUAACUUUUGGUACUCCUAUCUGGACUGCGACUUUCCGAAGAUAUUUCCUGAAGCGCAGAAGCUUGGGUUUCCCAGGAAAACCCUGAUGGCACCAAUACGAGGGUCUUUUUGGUUAUAUUUACUCUCGCUCUCUCAUGACAUCUUUGAUAUGAUGUCCAUGUUGUUUUGCCAUUUGAUGUUAAAAUUUGGAGAAGCUAGACACCGUUGA